AUGAGGGUAAAAAAUCCAAAACGUAAUGGAAGCUCAGCAUUAAAAAGGCUAAAAACUACUUUAAAGGACGUAGGAUUAGUAGGACCAAAAUCAUGUUCAAGUACUAGUAAAAAGCAAAAACAAAAAGGAAACCCAGUAGAUACCAGGAAAAUUGAAUAUCAAUCCAAGUUGAAUAGUUUAAUAAAAAAUCAAGUAAAUCCUUUCGAGUUAAAAAUUAAUAGGGUUAAACAUGAUGUAUUGGGAAAGAAAAUUAAAGGUAUUCAAGGUAGACCUGGGUUGAAAAGACAAAUUGGAAUUGAGAAGAGAAAGAAAACAUUACUUGUUGAAAUGGAAAAUAAAAAUAAAGUUGGAGGUGUAGUUGAUCGUCGGUUUGGUGAAAAUGAUUUAAACAUUUCACCCGAAGAAAAAAUGUUGGAAAGAUUCACUAAAGAACGACAGAAACGAUCGAAAUCAUCUUUAUUUAAUCUUGACGAAGAAGUAGAUUUGACUCAUUAUGGCCAAUCUUUGGCUGAAAUGGAUGCUUUUGAUGAUCCAGAUUUGGUUCUAAGUGAUGAGGACGAUGAAGGUGUUAUUGACAUGAAGACUGUAGCUAGAAGUCACUUUGGCGGAUUCGAGGAUAAUAAUAACAAUGACAUUGAACGCAAAAAGUCAAAAAAUGAAAUUAUGAAAGAACUUAUUGCGAAGAGUAAAAUGCAUAAGUAUGAGCGACAAUUUGAAAAAGAUGAAGAUGAAAAGGUUCGUCAAGAAUUAGAUAUUGAACUAGAUUCAAUUCGUAAUUUACUUAUUAUACCUCAUAAACCUCAUGAUGAACCUUUAGAAUCACAAGAGUCUGCUUUUCGGAAGCAUUCUGAGAUUGAGAAUAAGUUUGAACCUAAAUCGCAUGAGAAAUACGAAGAGUACGAUAGAAUUGUUCGUGAAUUGGCUUUUGAAAAACGUGGGAGACCUACGGAUAGAACUAAAACCGAGGAAGAAAUUGCUUUGGAAGAGAAAGAAAGUUUAGAAAAAUUAGAGCGCGCAAGAAAAAGACGUAUGGAAGGUAUAAGCUCGGAAUCUGAAGAGGAUGAUAAACAUAAAAGGCGAAGACGUGUCCCAGUAGCUGAUGAUUUAGAGGAUGAUUAUUUAGUUGAUGAGGAUAUAGAUGAUUUUGGAUUAGGAAAAGGAAUUACUAUAAAAGAUUUUUCUACUGUUGAAAGAAUGCAAGAUAAUGAAUCAGAUGAAUCUCAAGUUAAAAAAACGAAAGUGAGCAAAAAGGAAAAGAAUAAAAAUGAAUUGGCGUAUACUUUUCCUUGUCCUUCAACGAUGGAAGAAUUUUUGAAAAUUUUAGAGGAUGCAGACGAUGAAAAUGUACCGAUAGUAGUACAACGUAUUCGAGUUCUUUAUCAUAUUAAACUUUCUCCUGAUAAUCAAAAAAAAUUGGAGAAAUUUUUUAAUAUCUUGAUGGAUUACAUUUAUACGAGAGUUCAAGAAACUCCAUGUCCAAUGCAUUUAAUAAAUCGAUUGUCGUUACAAAUAUUCGAUUUAGUACAACAAGUUACAGAAUAUGCUAUAAAGUAUUUUAUAGAAACAACCAAUCAUCUAAAAAAUGAUUUAAUAAAAAAUUUUAAAUUUCCGAAAAUCACUGGACUUAUUUAUUUUAAACUAUUAGGAAAAAUAUUUCCUACAUCAGAUUUUCAUCAUAAUAUCAUGACUCCAACUUUAUUAUUGAUAGGGCAAUAUUUGACUCAAUGUCAUGUUAUUAAUGGGAAAGAUUUAGCAUCUGGAUUGUUUUUGUGUAAUAUACUAUAUGAGUAUCAAACUUUAUCACGACGUAUUGUUCCUGAAGCAAUUAAUUUCUUAUUUACGACACUUGUAUAUCUAUCACCAAACAACACAUUCAAAGAUACAUCAUUAAUUCCCGGAACAUUCCCAUUUCCCAAUGAUAUCGAUUCUAUACCUUCCAUACUUCAAAUAAAGUGUGGGAAAAAAAUUGAUGCUCAAUUGUUAAAAUUUUCCGAAAUAUUAAACGGGAAAGUUGAUAAUUUAGAUAACGACAAUUUUAGAAUAUCUGUAUUAUCAGCUACUCUACACAUUAUUGAAUUAUACGCAACAUUAUAUAAUUCUACUCCUGCUUUUAUAGAAUUAUUCAAUCCUGUAUUGAAAUUGUUAUCUAAUUAUCCAUUAGAUAAAUUUUCAGAAACAACUAAGAAUAAAAUAAAUGCUACCCAAGAAGUGUUGCGAAGACUUCAAAAGUUUUCUAAACAAAAUAGAAAACCACUUGAAUUGCAGCAUCAUAAACCAAUUCCUAUUCCCACGUACAUUCCCAAAUUCCAAGAAAACUUUUCUAUUCAUCAUGACCCGGAUAAAGAAAGUAGAAAGAUAAAUAAACUUAAAUCACAAUAUAAGAAAGAAUAUAAAGGAGCAAUAAGAGAAUUACGUAAAGACAAUCGAUUUAUCGCAAGGCAGCAUAUCAAUGUAGUUAAAGAAAAAGAUGCUAUUUAUAAAAAGAAAAUCAAUUUUAUUAUGGGAAAACUUGAAAAUGAACAGGGUGAAAAGAAGGCUUAUGAAAAAGCUAAAAAAUAUGGUAAAUUAUAA